AUUAUCAUUCACCCUCCAAAAAAAACAGAGGGGGAAAAAAGGGUAUUAAUUUUGUCCAAAUAAUUGAAAAAUAAUAUCUUCCCAGUCAGAACGUCUAUUUUUUUUUCCCCUGUUUUCUGAAAGUUUCAAUAUCAUAGAUUUGGCUCACCAAACUACUGCUGCAAUAAAGUAAGCCUUUCUCUCUUUUAUCUCUGAGCAUUAAUUGUUGAAAAGGAGCCAUUGUAGGAACUUCAAUUCGUUUCUGAGUUCAUCAACAUCAAGCUAUUGUUGUCUCCAUUAAUGGGUGUUGCGUUAUUUUCAAGUGUGUAUCUUUCAUUUCUUUGAUACCUCUACAUAAACAAUUUGGUGAGUUGUUUUAUUUUUCUGUUUCUAGCAAGGGAUUUUCCUCAUUUUAAGGUUGCAAGGUGAGAAUUAAGUCUCUCUUCAGAUUCUGGUUGUUCAGGAACUGGGGUUGAUAAAUAUUGUUGUUGAGAUUGUGUUUUUCACGUUGUUGUGUUUUGGUUGACCAAUUUGAUUGGAUUUUGGGGUUGCAACUGAUUGUUUGAAGCAUUAUAGGGUUUUUAUUUACCGGGUUUAUAUAAUAAGGACAACAGAAAUUACUUUUAUUACUUGAAUUAAUUGAAGGGUGUGUUCUUUUGUGAAUGAGCUAAUAUUUAGAUAAAAUUGGUGCUUUAUUUGAGGAAUUUUGCUUUUUAUGUAUUGGUUAGAACAUAUGGCAUUUGAUUAAUUGGGAGUAUGAGAUUCAUGAAAUAUGUAUGUUAUGGCAUUUGGACACUGUGCAUUGGAAUGAAAUUGGAAGUUGGUGUUGUCGAAUUCGGGUAGCAAACUGUGUUGUUGGAGAAGGAAUACAGAAUGCAAAUGGAUUUGUGGGUUGUAGCAGCUGCUACUGGUGCUGGAUACUUAGCUAAGUACUGGAAGAAUGUUGUAGGGGAUAAAGAAGGCUCAUCAGGAUUUCCUUCUGGAAGUUCUUUUCCUGAUAAUCCCGAAUCCUCGUCAUCAAUCCAACAGAGUUCAAGCCACCAAUUCUCUCAAAGAGAACCAACAGGGAAGCAUUUCAGUGAAGCUGAAAAGGGUAAACAUUUAGAUGGAUUGUUCACGGAAUUAUCUAGGAGAGAUGAUCCGUGCUCGACUUGUACUGAUGAAUUGGAUCAUGAGAAACAAAUUGGGCAUGAGGAAUAUAGGGAUGGACAUAGGUUAGAUUCUGACAUUCCUGAUAUACCUGAAUACCACACUUGGGAAAUGGGGGCUUCACAUAGCUCCGGAAAAAGUAGGAAAUCCCUGAGAGGUAGACGUCUUCAACGUCUCCCUUUGCAGUAUGUUAAGCCUCGUACUUCUCUAGAUAGUUGCCUUAUGGCUCAGAUGCAAAGGGAGCAUGCAGAAAUUGAGGAGUAUCUUCGUACCCCUCUUUCUUCACCUUGUGCUCCGGCUAUGAGGCCAUUUCUUGUUACUGAUGGAAGACAGGUAAUUAGUAGAGCAAGUGGUGACUUCAGAAAGGAGUUGUACAAGGAAGUACGCCCGAAAGUAGAUGAUGAAGUAGUUGGGGUUCCCCAUCUGCCACAAAUCACAACUGGUAACACAAAACAGGAGCUUAGCAAAGGCAAGAGUCAGAUGGGAAAAUUGAGCAGCAAAUCAAUUCAACUUGAUACAAUAAAUGGAUCCUUAAGUGGGCAAGUCCUUUUCUGUCUUGGGAUCUCCAUUGGUGUAAUGUCGUCUUUGAUAGCUAACAACGGGGAAGUGGAAAAGUUGAAGCUGAGCUUGAAGCAAACUGAAAAUUUGGUUGAAGAUCUUCAGGAAGAGCUUGAGAUGAAAGAUUCAUUAACUGUUAAAGAACUCAUCAAUGAUGAUGACUCGCAGGAUAUACAUGAAAGUUCUCGCAGUCGUGAGCAAUUAAAUUUGUUCUCUGAUCAAGUAGACACAGAUUUGACAAUGAAAUUUGCUGAUGAAGAAUCACCAAGUCUGGAGAAAACUGAGUCAAUGAGUAAAAUUGAAGCAGAGCUUGAAGCUGAACUGGAGAGAUUGGAGCUAAGCAUGAAAGGUUCAAAUUUGCAAGGAAGAUCAUCAGAUACUAUUGAGUUUGACCAGGAAUUCGACCAGGAUGUUGCUUCAGAACUGGUACAUGGUGAACUAAAUGCUGAUAUAUUCCCAGGGAAGUCCAGCUCAGAACCUACCCCUGAUCGAGGCUCAACCCCUCCAUCAAUGAAAGACUGUGUCUCACCUCGUGAACUGAGCUUGCGCUUGCAUGAGGUCAUUCAAUCAAGAUUACACGAGCGCAUCAUGGAGCUUGAGACAGAACUUGCAAAUAGCCGGAAAAAGGUACGACACUUGGAACUUGAGAAACAUUCUUGGAAAGAGAUCUCUCGAAGCGAGUCUUCAUCUACCUUGGGCAGCCCCGUGGCACAGCCUCUUGUAAUGAAUUUGUCAGGGGAUGCCCUUGAUGCCUAUAAUGAAGCUUAUGGUGAACUUAACAAGCUAAGUGCGGCAAGAAUUGAAGAUCUAGGGAUUGAGAGCGAUGAUCAGCAAGAUAUUCUACUCUCAAUCAAUCAGGGGAUGGGUGAAAAGCUAAAUGGCAUUCAAAAUGGUGGAAAUAGAAUACCGCCAUAUGAAGGUAGUCCAAAAGACUAUGACAACAGAGAUGAUAGUGAUGAUGAUUUAUUACUGAUAAAGCAGAUUGUUGAGAAAGCUAGACAAGGUUCUCCGGCAAUUUUAAGGGCUCAAAAGGCAUGGUAUGGUUGAACAUUGAUGAGAACUAGAGUAGUUAACUUUAAGGGAACAUUGGAAUAUAAAUUUUUGGUACAUUGUAAAAAAAAUCACAUUUUUUUCCUUGUAGAGUAGUAAAUUUUUUUGAUACUCGUGU